AGAUUAUAUUGAUAAUAAUAUAUAGAUAAAAUAUUUCAUUUUUUAUGUUUAUUCUUACGAAAUUGUUUAAUUUUAGGUUCUUGAACGACAUUUAGCUGAUUUUGGUAUUAACAAUCUUAGUAUGGUGAAUAUCGUAUCCGACAGAGGUUCUAACUUUGUUGCUGCAUUUCGUGAUUUAAAUCCAUUAUUUUGUUUUGCCCAUCGACUUAAUAAUAUAGAUAAAUUAACAUUUUUUCAAAAUGUACAAAGAAAAAAGAAACAGGCAUCGAAUAUAACAACAGGUACAAUAAAGGCUGCACCAGAACGUGUAAAAUUUAAUGAGCAGUAUGUUGCUUCUUCAAAUGGAAAUAAUUGUUUGUCAAGUGAAGGAACAACUGAAGAUGAAGAGCAAAUAAUUAUUUUGCCAACAAUACCACUGAUUAGGAAGAAGAGAAAGAUCAAAUCAAUAUUAACAAAUAAUCAACAAGAAUCUUCUUACAAAAUGUCAAUAGAUGAUAUUCCACUUGCAGGAAGAAAUGUUCUCAAUAUAUUAACCAAAUGUAAAAAGAUUAGUGGUUUAAAUAAAGAAAUUGAAGAUAAUGGGAGAAAAUCUAUUUUAAAAUCAUUUAAAAUUAUUAAGAAAAUUUUAUGUUCGAAGCAGCAACAAAAACUAGUAAUGAAUGUUGAUCAAAAUAUCAUUAAACAAAUUAUAUUAGUUUUAAAACCUGUAAAACACGUAGUAAAACUAACUCAAAAUGGAAAUUCUCCUUUUUUGUUUAUGGUUUUAUUGUCUGCCGAAACAUUACGUAAUGUUAUGAGUUCUUACGAUGAAUUAAUUAAUUAUGAUAUUGCAUUUGAAUCGAACAAAAACUUAGAUGAAUUAGAUGAUGAUUUAUCUGAGGAAUUGGAAGUAGAUUUGAAUUUUUGGAAUUUCGAUUCUAAUCAAGUAGACAGUCAAAAUUCAGAAAAUGAAGCAGAAGAUUUUGAAUUACGUGGUACAAAACCUGGUGAACUCGAUCGAUAUCUUAACUUUGAAUAUGAUAAAUUUAAAGUUGAUCGUAAUCCAUUGAUGUUUUGGAAGGAGAAUCAAGAUAAAUUUCUUCGCUUAGCUCGAUAUGCCAGAUGUAUUCAUUCAAUACCCGCUACAUCUGCUAGCGUUGAACGACAAUUUUUUGGAGCUGGUUUAAUUAUAAAUGAGAGGUGA